AAUUAUUGUUUGUCCUGAAGGGAGAGGUUAUCGUUAUCAUUUUCUAAUGGGAACGAUUUUUCUUCCUUAAUAGUAAUUUUUUGUGUUAAGUGUAGUGCCCAAAACUCGAGCCGAAAUAUCUACGAAGAAAAUGAAUUUUUCGCAGCUUCAAAAGAAGCGGUGCGCUUCAAAUAAAUCGAAAAUAGAGAUCGUUGGAAGCCACGAUGAAUUUUUAUCUCGAAUCAAGAAAACAUUAUACUACGGAAAAUUGCCCAACACAGAUCGCCUAAGUCUUCCUGUAACUGAACUGGCUGCUGAGUUAUACUCUGAGGUGAAACGAGAGAGAGAAAGUCUGGAACGUUUACAAAUCGAGGAAGCCGCUCAAUUCUCCCGCAAAGCAUGUGUCCAUCCCAGCUCCUUGGUCUUAGCCCUGGUUUACCUAGAACGAUUGAAAAGUUGUAAUCCUGAUUAUUUAGACAAAUCAGCCCCGUUUGAAUUGUUCGUUAUUUCCUUAAUGGUUGCCUGCAAGUACCUUAAUGAUGAAGAUGAAUAUAAUUAUGACUGGGCUGUGUUCUCCUCUAUGGAAGGGAAGAAAAUUAAUCAAUUAGAAAAGGAAUUUUUGAAAGCUAUGGACUGGAAUUUAUUUGUGAGUGAUGAAUUAUUUAUGACAAGACUGGAAGAUCUAGAAUCUUAUUUAGCAUUGAAAGAAGGGCGCAAAAGAGGUUACUACUCAUACACAGAGUUGCUGUUUUUACUAGAAAUGGUUGAUUUUCUGUCUGCAGCAAGAUCAUUCUUCACGAUCUCUGCUGUCUGUGUUACAAGUUACAUUGCCUUUGUCUUGACUGUCCUUGGAUCAUCUGUGGCUGUGAGUCAGAUUAGCACUGCAUUGAGUCAACUCUCUAAAUUAUCAACGGAUGUUGGCACUUCUUCCGACUCUCCUGUUUUAACUCCUGAUUCUUCCAAUACUAGUGUUGCUAAUGAAAUAGACUUAAAUGAAGAUGAAAUGGCAGCGGUUUUGAGAGUAUUUGAAUCUAAAUUGAACUUGAAUGCUGAUGUUGAGAAAUGGAUCAGUCAUGAAUUAUUAGUGAGAAAGGCUAUUUCGGAAACUUGUGGCAAUUCAAGCCUGGAUAUAUCGUGGGGAAAUGGAUUACAAGGACUGAAAUUUGGUAAAGAGACUGACUCUUGGGUAUCAGCAGCAAGUGAAAUCGUGAGAUCUUACUGGCCUUCUAGUGUCUUGUCACAGUUGUAUUUAUCUCCAACAAUUGAGUAUGCCACACAUUGAAGAUGAGAUAAAAUAAUAUAGAGUGUGCUGUGACAGCCAGAAAUCAGAUUUUUUAUAUCCUUAUUUUUUUACAUUACUAACUAAAAAGUCUUUUUUAUUUUAUUUUUCCACUUUCAGCUCAUCGAGUGACCUUAGAAGUUUAAGUGUAAUUUUGUUUUAAGUGCGAAUUCUUCAGAGGAAAGCUUGUUUCCGGUUCUCUUUUAAGUGUACCUCUGUUUACGUAUUUUCAUUUUUGGCGAUAGAAAUUUUAUUUUUCCGUCUCUAUUCUUCAUAAUUCUGAUAGUUUGAUAUGUAAUGGAAACUGGAAUCCCCCUCCCCCCUUGCCUGCAGUGAUUUUUUCAAUAUUGUUGCCUGUGAUUUUUAUCUACCUUUAUUUUCCUACCUGCGGAUAUUUAAUGUAAGUCAUAAAGUUCUCUUAGCCAUUGUAGAUCUCCUUGGCUAAUCAUAGAUUCAAAGACAUUGCUACGAAAAUUGGGUUUUACCUCUUUGUUGAACUCUCAUUCAAUUUCUAAUUCAUCUCUAUUCCUUGAACAUUAUCCACCUUUAAGCUUUUUCGAAGAUUACAUAUAUUUAUGAUAAACCCAACCAUUUAAAACUGUCAAUUUUUCUGUCAUUAUUGACUAACUGAAACUGGGAAAGCUUUUGAGAGUUACAAUCCACCCACUGAUAUCUUGCUUUUUUGCCACUCAACAAAAACAAAAUGUUUGCCCCUUGUUUCCGGCUUGUUGUUCCUACAAAUAUUUUAUACUUUAAUUUUGUCCGACAGGUGUGCUCCUUUUUUUUAAGAAAAAAAAAUGAAUGCGCAACUUUCCAGAGUUAUUCUGUCAAAAUCAAGGUGGUGAGUGGGGACAGGGCACUUUUCCCAUUUUAAUUACAUUCAGAAAAGUGACCUUUCAGCACUCAGCACCUUAAUUUUGUGCUUUGAAAAUAUUAGGAGGGUUAUUAAAAAGCGAGUCAUCCAAGCCAUUGAUUACAAAAUCUAGAUUUAGUAAGAAUUUAUAAUCUAAGCCAUUUCAGAACUAUGGAAAUGCCUAUUUUUCUGGAGAAAAAAAAGAAUGAGGCACUUUUCUUCUUGACUCCUAUGUAAUUAAACCGCUGCUGCUCCUAGUUUUUGUAGAUAUCUAUAUUUCCGUAUCAUUGUUUAGAAAAAAGUGGCAAUAAGCAAAAAUUAUUGAAUUAUGAAAUGUUCGAAGUAUAAAAAGGCUGAUUAAUACCUUUCAGCAUAAGACUCCUUCUUUGUUUAAAAUUUCUUAGAAACAAGAGUUUUAGCAGUUAGUUCAUGAUCGUAUUGUUUUUUACACCCAAUGGUUUUUAAUGUAUGAAAGGCAUCUUCUCCAUAUUGCCUAUGGCUAUAUCGAUUUCCUGUUUUCAUUUACAUGCUUACUUUUAAGUUAUUUUAUUCAUUUUAUUUCCCGCCACUUGAGGGAUUUUGCUUAAUUAUAAGAGAUGAAUUAAUGCUUUUUCCAAAGGUAUCAUAUUAAUUAGCUACUAAUUUACUACUGAAUUAUUUUUUGUCUAGUGAUACUAAUUCUGUAUUAAUUUCCCGGUUUUUAUCUCACGAAAAAUAGAAAGCUUGCAAAGAGUUUCAGCUCCUUAAAUGAUACCUAAUUUUCAACCUUGACAUUUUCUCUGGAGACACUACCCAUUAAGUGCAGAUGUAUUCAUGUUCAUCCAGUGAGUUUGAAAGCCCGUGAUAUGUUAUUCUUCUCUCAUCUCUCUUCAUGCAUUUUUCCAUAACACAUAACUAUGAGCUAUGGUAUAAGUAUUUGUAAUUCAUCAAAUAUUGUGUUUCCUCUGUUUGAAGGUUCCUUUUUUUCAUUAAUAAAAAGGUGAUCCUCUUCCAUA